AUGGCCCCCAUUGCCGUUGAAUCUGUCGCCGACGCCCUUCCCACGGUGGUCAAGUCCCUCAAGCUGGACGACGCCAAGCCCCAGCCUCUCAGGACCACCGGUACCCUCGACCAGUUUGAGCACUUUGACGUUACCCCCGUCAUUGGUCGCGAGUAUGCCAACGUCGACCUUGUCGAGCUGUUGAACGCUCCCAACUCGGACGAGCUCAUCCGUGAUCUCGCCGUCACCAUCUCCGAGCGAGGCGUCGUCUUCUUCCGCAAGCAAGACAACCUCACCAACGAGCUCCAGAAGAAGCUCAUCCUCCGCCUCGGCGAGCUCACCGGCCGCCCCGCCACGUCGGGCCUCCACAUCCACCCCUUGCUCAACUCGGAGCGCGAGAUCCUCGGUGGCGACGACCUCGAGAUCAGCACCAUCAGCUCCGUCCAGCAGAACAAGUACUACAAGUCCACGCACAAGGACAAGGCCAGCCCCAAGAAGCAGACCCGCGCCCAGUGGCACAGCGACAUCGCCUUCGAGCCCGUCCCCGCCGACUACACCUCCCUCCGCCUCACCCAGCUCCCCACCACGGGCGGCGACACCCUCUGGGCCUCAGGCUACGAGCUCUACGACCUCCUCAGCGAGCCGUACCAAAAGUUCCUCGAGUCCCUCGACGCCACCUUUGAGCAGCCCCAUUUCGCCGCCGCCGCCGAGCGCAACGGCUUCAAGCUCUACGAAAGGCCCGCGGCGCGCCGAGAACAUUGGCCCCAUCCUCAAGGCCGUUCACCCCGUGAUUCGCACCAACCCCGUCACCGGCUGGAAGAGCAUCUACCCCGUCGGCGGGCACCUUCUUCAAAGAACCACGAUACCCAGGUCAGGCUCAAGUGGCUGCACCCCAACGAUAUUGCUAUCUGGGACAACCGCAGCGUCUUCCACACCGCCACCUUUGACUACGACGGCCAGGGCGACCGCUUCGGCAACCGCGCCGUUGGUCUUGGCGAGAAGCCCUACCUUGACCCCAACAGCAAGUCUCGCCGCGAGGAUCUCGAAGCUAGGGCGGCCAGCUCGUAG